GUACUGUUGGGCGACGACGAAGAUUCCCUGGCCUUGGUAUUCCAGCACGUGAAACCAGAAGACGCAGGCAUCUAUACUUGCGUCGCCAAAACCAGUACUGGCAACAUCUCCUGUUCUGCUGAACUUACUGUGCAAGAUGCUUGUGACACGACCACCACCGAGUUUACGGCUAAGAGAAUAAAAUUGGGUAUAUUUUUCUCGCGUUCGAUAUAUGUAAAUGAUUGCUUAUUUUGCGUUUUUGUGCGGCUAGCACUACCUUAA